CAUAUACUAUACUAGUACCAUUCUUCUUCCCUCACCACGGAAGAGUAAAACAGUAAUUUCAGAGCUGGUACCAGUCGCGUGCUAUUUUAACGACUGGUUCCCGCUCGUUCGUCGGCGAGCGCCACCCACACGCCACGCCCGAGAGCGCCCGCGAAAAUGACGCCGCCGGCGAGAACAUCAGGCAAACGCGCGGACGCCGGCGCCAGCGCGGGCGCGAUAGACGAGCCGCUGCUGCCGGAGUCCUCGGCGGGUGGGCGGCACGGCGGCGGGGCGUCGGUCUCGGGCGCCGUGUUCAACGUGUCGACGAGCAUCGUCGGCGCCGGCAUCAUGUCGAUCCCGGCAGCGAUGCGGGUGCUCGGGGUGGUCCCCGCGGCGCUCCUCAUCGCCGCCGUCGCCGCGCUCGCCGACGUCUCCGUGGAGUUCAUGCUGCGGUACACGGGGCGGGGGUGGGGCGGCGGCGGCAAGGACGAGGCGGCCACGUCGUACGCGGGGACCAUGGGCGACGCCUUCGGCCGCGCCGGCGCCGCAUUGCUCAACGUCUUCGUCGCCCUUACCACCACGGGCACGCUCGUCGUCUACCUCAUCAUCAUCGGGGACGUGAUGUCUGGGAGCGUCGGCGGAGGCGACGAGCACGCCGGGGUGCUGCAGGAGCUGUUCGGCGCGCGGUGGUGGACGGGGAGGCAGUUCGUGCUGCUCGUCACCGCCGUCUUCGUUCUGCUGCCGCUCGUGCUCCGCCGCCGUGUCGAUUCGCUGAGAUUCACGUCGGCCAUUUCCAUCCUACUGGCGGUAGUGUUCAUGCUCAUCAGCUCGGGGAUCGCGCUAUACGCUCUCUUCAAGGGCACCGCGACCAUGCCGCGGAUGUUUCCUGACUUCUCCAGACUCUCCUCGCCGUUCGAGCUCUUCACCGCCGUCCCCGUCAUCGUAGUCGCCUUCACCUUCCACUUCAACGUGCACCCGAUCCGCGCGGAGCUGAGCAAGACGUCGGACAUGAAGGUGGCAGUGCGCGUCUCGCUCGUGCUCUGCGCGGCCAUCUACGCCGCCGUGGGCUUCUUCGGCUUCCUCCUCUUCGGGGACGCCACCAUGGCCGACGUCCUCGCCAACUUCGACCGCAGCUCUGGGGCCGGUGUCCCGCAGGCGCUCAACGACGCGGCGCGCCUCAGCUACGCGCUGCACCUCGUGCUCGUGUUCCCGCUCCUCCUCUUCUCGCUCCGGGUCAACGUCGACGAGCUCCUCUUCCCGGGCCGCCGGCCGCUCGCCGCGGACACGCGCCGGUUCGUGUCCCUGACAGCCGUGCUCAUGGCGGUGCUCUACGUCCUGGCCAUCGCAAUCCCCAGCAUCUGGACGCUCUUCGAGUACUCCGGGUCCACGUUCGCGGUCACCAUCUCGUUGAUCUUCCCUGGCGCCAUAGUUCUCAGGGAUGUUCAUGGAAUAGCGAAGCGCAAGGACAAGGCAUUGGCGGCAACGAUGAUCGUUCUGGCAGUGGUCACGAGCAGCAUCGCCAUUGCCUCGAACAUCAUGAGCUCCAUCAGUGACGAAGACAGAGGAGGUCAUGUAGCUGGUAGACGAUAAUGGCUCAGAUCGAAUCAAAUUAAAAUGUGGUUUCCAGGCCAACCGCGCGUGAAGAUUGCUGCUCGUGUCAUGCGUUCCUCCUGGGUAUUCUUUCUUUGCAGCGAGAUUGCUUCGGCCCCUGAGAUGCAAGUUUAGUCUGUGCCCCCUCAUGGUGUAGAUGUUUGUGGUUGAGAGGAGAUACGUUGGUACAUGGUAAGGAAAUUACCAGUUGGCCAAUGCUGUAUACUUGUUUCGGUGAUACAUUACAGUGUAAAAUAGAAAACGGUCAUAUUUUCUUUUUCAGGGGUUUAUAAACCGUAGCAAAUAAUUGCAGGCCACUUGUUAGCCAUCUCCCAUUAC